AAAAAAGAGAGAGAGAGAGAAUGGAUUGUGUAUUGAAAUUGGCUUCACAAAGGGCGGUAGUGAUAUUCAGUAAGAGCACGUGCUGCAUGUGCCAUGCAAUAAAGAGGCUGUUUUACGAGCAAGGUGUCAGCCCUACGGUGUAUGAGCUCGACGAGCUUGUAAACGGGAGGGAGAUGGAACGAGCCCUUGUCAGGCUCGGGUGCAGUGGGCCCACCCUGCCAGCUGUCUUCGUCGGAGGAAAAUUAGUGGGGUCGUCGAAAAAUGUAUUGACUCUCCACAUUGAUGGUUCACUGAAGAAGAUGCUCAAAGAUGCUGGAGCUCUUUGGCUUUGAUAGCU